AUACCUUUUUCUUCCUUUUUCUGGUGAGCCAGAGAUAGAAACGGGGACGGGGAUGGAAAGCAGAGUCAAGCCUGGCCCUGAGAAACGGAAAGGCGACGGUGUCGUCCUCCUCACUCGCUCAAUCAUUGUGUACUCCUGCUCGCUCUCGCCCUGCCGUCGCCGCAGAGGAAGACGGAGAGGCCGCCGGAGGGAGGAGCGCCAUGGCCGGCUCCGAUCCCCUCCGUCCAGAUCCAGGUACAGGGGUGGCCAUCGUGAUCAUGGGGGUUAGCGACUGCGGCAAAUCGACGGUGGCGGCGAUGCUCGCCGACGCGCUGGGCUGCGGCUUCGUCGAGGCGGACCACCACCACUCCCACGCCAACAAAGAGAAGAUGAGCAAGGGAGUACCGCUGACCGACGCGGACCGGGCGCCAUGGCUGGAGUCCCUACGCGAUGCUAUCAGGGAGCGGCUGGGCCGCGGCGAGGACGUCGCCGUCAGCUGCUCGGCGCUGAGGCUGAACUACAGGGAGGUCCUCCGAGAAGGAGAUCAGAACUACAAGCCAGGGAGCUACGGGACCUGCAGGGUGAAGUUCGUGUGCCUGGAGGCGUCGGCGGAGGUGAUCGCCGGGAGGGUGGAAAAGAGGGCGGCGGAAGGGGGCCACUUCAUGCCGGCGAGUCUGGUGCAGAGCCAGCUCGACCUGCUGGAGAUCGACACGGCCGAGGGGAUCACCGUCGUCGACGCCACGGUGCCCGCAUACGCCAUCGUCGAAGCCACCGUCGCGCAGUUCAGGGAGGAGCUGGCCUCAACGGCGCGCUCACAACCCAGAGUUUCUGCUGCUUCUUGUUUCUGAAUCCAGCUUCAUUUCGUCAGUGUACUGGACUGCACUGGGCAGACAGUAUUCAGUCCACAUACAGCUUGUAAAAAGGCUUGCAGACAAGCAAGACGCCAUCAACCUCAACAUUACCCAGUUCAUUUAAAAUUCAAAUAUCCAUACCGACGAAACAGGCAUGCCGCCGCCUUUCUCAAGUCUCAAACAAAGAAAAAGAGAAGACUGAUGAACCUAGCUAAUAAUAACGGUAACCAAGCUGCUGCUAUUGUUCUAACCU